AUAACAUCUUAGAAGUAUUUAAUAUCACAGAGCUCAAAAAGUGAAAUGUUGCAUGUGAAUAACGUGCAAAAGAUCAUUAUAUCCAACAAUUUGAUUAAUUUCCAAUUUAAGGUAUCACAUCCUGUAGCAGAAGAUUUUCAUUGCCGCCUUGUAAAUUUUAUGAUAAUUAGAAGUGAUAACACACUGCUCACUGUAUAAUCAACUAAUUACUACAUAUAUUAACUCUAUACACAUAAGAGUGGCAAGUUGAAGUGCGGUAGAUCAUGGGCAGAUCAAGAGACACGUGGAGUGAUAAUAUUCAAUGGUUUUAUUGAAACUUUCCUUUAAAAAAUGAAGUCUGCUGCUGAUGGCGCUAAGAUAUUUCAGAUCCGUUUCUGGAUGCUGAAUACUAUAUACAGGGUGACUUCGAAGUUGAGUCAUUUAUUUUAACAAGGCGAACAGACACCUCUUAUGCUUGAACGCUAAAGACAUGCUCAAAAGUUACAUUCCCGUCUUGAUCUGGCUGCCACAAUACAACUAUGGAUCCUUUUUCCAAGAUCUGUUAGCUGGCUUCACAGUAGGGCUCACGGAAAUUCCACAGGGCAUUGCUUAUGCUAUAGUGGCAGGUCUACCUUCUCACUAUGGACUGUACAGUGGCUUCAUGGGCUGCUUUAUCUACUUCAUCCUCGGUAGCGCUAAAGAUAUCAAUAUUGGACCGACCGCGAUAAUGGCCCUCAUGAUACAACCACAUGUCGGAACAAUGGGACCAGCAGGGGCUGUUUUAAUAACUUUCUUGUCUGGUCUGAUUAUUUUUAUCUGUGGACUUUUCCAACUUGGUUUUAUCGUAAAUUUCUUCUCAUACCCCAUUAUCGCAGGCUUCACGACAGCUGCGGCCCUCAACAUAGCCUCUUCCCAAAUAAAGUCGCUUUUUGGAAUUGCAGGAAAAUCCGAUAGUUUUCUAGCAGCUUGGGUAGCUUUGUUUAAACACAUUGGAGAGGCUAGACUAUGGGAUACGCUGUUGGGAUGCUUCACGAUUAUUUUUCUCGUAAUUGCGAAGGAAAUUAGAAGAUAUGGUACUUUAAAACGGCGUCCGGAAUGGACAUCUAGAAGAAACACAAUUGGAAUUUGCAUAUAUUUGUUUUCAUUGGCCAGUAACGCUAUUGCUGUCAUAAUUGCCUCUGCCAUGGCUUAUUGUUUCGCUCAACAGGGAUAUCAGCCUUUUAAGCUCACAGGAAAUGUGGACGGUGGUCUGCCCAAUUUCACUUUACCAUCAUUCAGUACUACUUACAACGGAACGUACUAUUCUUUCACGGACAUGAUGGAAAAUUAUGGAGCUUUGGUGAUAUUUUGCCCACUAAUUGCAAUUUUAGAACAUAUCGCUAUAGCUAAAGCAUUUUCUAAAGGCAAGACCCUGAACGCAUCCCAAGAACUGAUAGCCUUGGGGUUCUCUAACAUAAUGUCCUCCUUCGUGCAAUCCAUGCCAGUUACAGGGUCCUUUACGAGGACAGCAAUUAACAAUGCAUCCGGAGCUAGAACCCCAGCGUGUGGCAUAAUCACUGGUGCCAUGGUACUUCUCGCGUUGGGAUUUCUCACCAGUACCUUCCAGUACAUCCCUAAAGCAUCCUUAGCUGGUGUUAUUGUUGUUGCUAUGUACUAUCUUUGCAAUUUUCAAGCGUUCAUGAUGAUGUGGAAGAGUAAAAAGAUGGACCUAGUUCCUUUGACAGCAACGCUAUUCUUCUGUCUUCUGAUCAACCUUGAAUACGGAAUUCUGAUUGGCAUAGCUAUCAAUAUGACUUUCGUAUUGUACGCUUCCGCAAGACCAAAGCUAGACUUGGAAGAACAUUUGCCCAACGUGUAUAUGAUAAAACCCAAAACUGGCUUGUACUAUACUGCGGCGGAAUAUUUUAGAGAAUUCAUAUUGCAAAAUUGCUUGACGGAGAAGAGUACUGUUGUCAUUGAUGGAAGAUAUAUUGGGAAUAUUGACUCCACUGUAGCUAAGAGCUUGAGUACACUAAAUGAGGAGCUGAAGUUGAGAGACCAAAAGCUUUUAUUCUGGAAUUUCAAGGAUUCUGUGAAAGAUACGUGCAUAGGAGUUAAUGGGACUUUGUCGUCAAUUUUAGUAGAUGGGGAGUUACAAGAAGUAUUGGAAAAGACCGAGUAAUCAAAGUAUAUCAAUUUUAGUAAUGCUUAUACAUUGUAUUGUUUCUUCAUAAUGAAGUUGUAAUUUCUGUAUUUCCUUUCUGGAACAUUGUAAUUAUUGUACCUAUUUGUCUAUUGUAUAUUUUGUGUAAGAAUAAAU